AGAAAAACGCCCAUUAACGCAUGCAACACCCCUAAUUAGAAUUGGCCCUGCCUACUUCCUGCAGCCGCGUCACGUUCCGGCCUUUCUCGCCUGGUUGUUCAGAUAGGGGGAAUAUCUUGGACGUGGUCUGUGUGUGAUCCCCGUUUCCUGCCUGAUCUAUAUUCGGUAAGCGGAGACUAAUUCAACUGUGGCGGAGGUGGCGGGCGUGCUGCGUCUGGCCUGUGUUUCAUACAAAGAUAGGGCAUCUUUUUUAUGAAUAAUCAAAAGCAACAAAAGCCAACGCUAUCUGGCCAGCGUUUUAAAACCCGAAAAAGAGGUCCACUUUAAUAGACUAAUCAGACAAGACAUGACUGACUACCAGCACUUCUUUCAACUGAACCAUAAGCAAAACAGCAUUCUAUGAAGAGUGUACUUUGGAUAUACUACAACUCAACCUUUUUUGGAAUAAAGAUAGCAAAUCCACAAAGACGAACCCAGGCUAAGCUGAAGUUAUUGGCAAAUCAGUUAAGUAUGCCAAAGUGUAUUGUAAAUGGAUGUUCCCAUGGUAGCAGAGGUAAAACACCGUCUCCAAAUGUGGUGCUGCACGUUUUUCCUGGAAAUAUUGAUAUAAUAAAAAGAUGGCUCAUGGCAAUUGGACAAAAUUUUGGUGACUUGGACACCUAUGCUCAAAGAAUUAUAGAGGGCAAGAAAACGGAUUCCUUCCGAAUUUGUUCAUGUCACUUUACUGAAGAUUCUUACACCUUUCAGGGGAGACGGAAGGCUCUGAAAAAGUCAGCAACUCCCACAUUGUUUCUUUGGAAUGGAUCUGCUUCGAAUGAAUGUAAAGCGGUCCCUGCAAAGAGACCCCGUCCUAAUAAAGAUGACCAUUCUGAAUCUCUUCCUGCUCAGUCUCGCCAAAAUUCCACGUCUAAUUCUUCCUCAAAGGAAACAUCUGCUGGCCAAUCUCAGACAAAGAAAAAAACUAAAAAACUUGGGUACAGUAAUGAUCCUACCAGAGCAAAACAAAAUUCUUGUAAGAGGAAUGCCUCAACUCAAACAAUAAUUGAAAAUGAUACAGACCCAUCCUACUAUUGCUCACAUUGUGCAUCACCACUCACCAGUAAAACCAGUGUUCAGACAUCGGAUUUGCUGCCCUCCGAACCGGCACCCAACAAAACGAAUUUUGUUGAUUCUGACGUACAGUCUGAACAUCAGUCUAAGCCUGCUAAUUUUCAGGAUGUUAAAAUGGAAGUUGAAGAGCCUGAAAACACCUUAUCAGAUGACAACACAGAUACAACAAGUAGCUUUAGUGAUGAUUCCGAUGCAUCUUCUCUACCUUCUAAUCUUAGUGUAGAUUACUCCAUAUUUGUAGAACAUGAUACUGAGGAAGAUGAUGAAAUAGCUCAGUCCAUAGAACCAUUUGAUGUUUUAAAUACUGCUAAGGAUCCGGUCGAUGACCAUACUUUUCUAGUUUUUGAAUCUUGCCUUGACAAAUUGCUGCUGUCUUCAAGAUGUGGUAGAGAUCCAAACUGCCAUUCACCAAUUAAAAAGUUGAAAAAAUAUGUUUUUGGCUCCUUCUUAACUGUCAAAGCAGUAUGUCAGAGUGGACAUAAUUUUCAUCUGUGGGACAGUCAGCCUCGUAAAGGUUCCAUAUAUUAUGGAAACUUGUUGGUGUCGGCAUCAAUCCUUCUUAGUGGUUCUGACUUUGCAAAGGUUUAUGCCAUGAAUAAGCUCUUGAAGUUAAAACAAAUGUCGCCAUCUGCUUUCAAGCGAUACCGAUCAAAUUAUUUAUUUCCCGUUAUAAACCACCACUGGAAGAUUGAGCAAGAAAAAGUGAUAAAGCAGAUUGCAGGGAAACCUGUAUUUCUUGUGGAAGAUAAUCAUGCCAACAUCCCUGGAUGCUUUCAUCAGUACUGUACAUACUCACUCAUAGAAGGAGCCUCCAAGAAGAUUAUCAAUUUUAGGGUGGAACAAGUUUCUUCUGCUGACACUGAAAAACAGUGUUUUAAGAAAUCAUUGGAUAAGCUCUUGGAAAAGGAAAUUCAGGUGAAAAGCAUAGGUACAAAUCGGAAAUCAAUAAGAAAACUUGUUCAGAAGGAUUAUCCCGGCAUACAACAUCAUUAUAAUGUCAGCCAUAUUAGCAAGUGUUUGAGAAACAAACUGUCAGCUGCUAGUAAACGAAAAAACUGCAGUCAGAUCUCACAGUGGAUUACACCCGCUGUCAAUCAUCUGUUGUGGGCUUCUAAGACAUGUGAUGGUAGCGCUGAUUUGUUGAAAAAGAAGUGGCAAUCUUUAAUGAAUCGUGUUGCAACGGUGCACAAAUGGGAAACUGCUCAGCUGUUCCAUGGAUGCGCCCAUGAGAAUCUGAGUGUGAGGUGCAAGAGAAAGUGGAUGAAAUGUGGUUCAACAGCAUUUAACAGAUUCAGAGACAUUGUUAUGUCUGCUCGACUCAUCAGAGACCUUAAUCCUCUUUCAAAGAUCUGCCACACAGAUGAACUGAAGUUAUAUCACAACAAUCUCCUUCAAUACUGGCCAAGAACACUUCACUGCGUGGAGGACAUGGUUGUCCGUACUCAACUUGCAGCUCUUGAUUAUAAUUACAGUGUUCACAGAGGGAAAUCACCGGAGAAUUUUACCCAUGUGCAAGACCCUUCUGGUGCUUUACAGCCUAAAGUGAGAAAAUGUGUUUUUGAUGCAGCUUCAAAAGCUUUCCUUUUGGUCAUCCUGAAGGAUAUUGUGACAUUUGCUGAAGGAGAAGUCAAUAUUGAGAGGCAAACUUUAAGUGACAGAUUUUCUGACAACCCUUCAUUGGAACAGAGGCCAAUAAAGGAUGAGCAAUGGUGAAAUUGUUCACACAAUUUACAAGACCCAUUUUGUGGCUUGUCUUCUGAGGAUGAGUUUAUUUAAUUAAAUUCAUAUCCAAUGCUUAAAAGUGAUGUCCUGUACAUGGCGGUGCACAUUAUUCUGUGAUAAUGAAACUGAAUAAAAGCAAAAGUGUAAAUGUUGUACAAAUGAAUAAAUAUUUAUUUUUAAUAGUUGGCCUGCAGCUAUACUAUAGAACUAGGGAUAAAUACUGAUUGCUAGGGAAGUGAUGAGCUUUGUGUGUGCAGCCAUUUUGUGUAGUGCUUACACUCUGAUGUGCUUACACGCUGAUAUCCUGGGGCUCUUCACUCCUGACUGCACUCGGCGCUGGAGCUGAGAUUUCUAGGGUCUGAUCUGAGCUGAUUGUCGUACCCCUGCUUUCAAGACUUUUCAGUAGAGGAGACAUUCUCUUACUAAAAAAAAUCCAUCAUACAGAGCUCAGUAUUUGUCAUCACAUUGGUUGUGCAGAUUCCAGUGAGUCUAUUUUGCCCCUCUAGGACAAAGUCACAUGGCAAGUAUUUGAGCAUUCUGAACCCCUGGGCAAUUGUCAGCUCAGUUGGCAUGGGACAAGACACUUAAAGGGGUAGUUCACCCAUAAUGUAAUUUAGUAUGUGAUAGACCAAUUCUAAGCAACGUUCCAGUUGGUAUUUAUUUUUUAUAAAUGAUUGUGCUUCUUCAUCUAACGCUUUACAGCUUUUUAAAUGAGCAUCGCUGACCCCAGCACCCAAAAACUAUUGCUCUGUGAGGCUACAAUUGUAGUUACUUAGCCAUCUAUUCGGGUCCUCUACUAUUUACCACUCUCGCUUAAAUCACUCCCUGGUUGCUCAAAUAAUCUGGACCCUAGCAACCAGAUUGUUCAGCACCUCUCCAGUUUGGAAUUUCAUCAAAAAGGGAAAUAACUUAAAAAUAAAUAAAAAAAUACACAAAUAAAAAAUGAAGACCAAUUGCAAAUUGUCUCAGAAUAUCAUAUACAGUAUACAACCCCUUUAAAAUGGCUUUGACUUUUUUGGUGUACCUGUGGGCUAGUGAUGUGCUGGUAGGCCAGAUACCCGCUGGUUUACCGACCACCCAUUUGCGGGCGGGUGCGGGUAGAGCUCGUCUUCCUGCUCUCCUUGCCCGCCAUCCGGAACUGCGUGCUUCCAACUUCCUGCUUAAUUUUUUUUAAAGACACACGCCUCCUGACCCUUUUGUGAUGUCAUUGGCAGGGCAGGUUGGCACAGGCCCUAAAAUAGAAGCAGGAAGUGGGGCAGGUUGGUGAAGGCCGGGUUACCCGACCCGCACAUCACUACUGUGGACCAUGCAAUUCCCAUUUGAAAUUGGCAACGGAGGAAUUUUUGCUAUUCGCACAUUAAGCAGCAAAUUCAAGCAUUUGAUCUCUGCCCACCUGCCUGUCCAGCUGGAAAUUUUGGUGGCAAAACACUCCAAAACAUGCCAUUGCCCUAAAAGAAGGUCACUACCUUAUACUGCAGCUGUGCUGGCACCAGAUUAUAUGGCACUCACUGAAAUUAGUUGUUUUCACUGAACUGGAUUUGACUGACAGGCAAAGUCAUCUUUGAAGUUUCAGAUUCAUUAUCUGUUUUAGAUCACUAAGCCAAAAGUUUAAUUUUGUAUAUAGUUGACAAAAAAAGAAAUUGUGUAACUGAAGUACAUUUUUGUUGUCACUUUUUUUUACUAUUGUGUUUAAUAAAAUGUAUUUUAUACUUUA